AUGAAGUGUAGUUGGUCGGAAUUAUACAUGAGGCUGGUCAACUGGUGGGCACAGCUAGCUGCUGCUGCAAAAACAUGCUGGUAUAUAGAAGAGGAAGAUCUACUAAGGUUUUUAAAGACGGAAGAGGUUCAUACCAUAUUUCCUCUCUUUGAAGGAGCUAUUGAGACUGGAAAAAUCACAAAAUCUUCUUUCAGAAAUUGGGUGGUCCAUGCUUAUGUUGAGAGAAAAGCGUUGGCUCAUUCCUUGAAUGACACUAGGACUGCUGUCCAGCAACUUCACAAGAUAGCUAGUGCAAUAGUGACAAUGAUUGUAGAAGAGAUGAACAUUUUGACAACUGUGUUUUUACGGUAUGAUUCCGAGAAAAUAUAUUAUCCGAAUUCUGUUCUUGUUACAAAGCCUAUCAGUAAUUUCAGAAGAAGUCCAGACAUGGGGGAUGCUAUUGACAUCACCAUUGAUGUCUCCACUCCUGUUGAUGACUUCAAUGCUCUCAAGAGAGCUAUUCGAAUAUACAUCGAGAGCAAACCAAAGCACUGGAACCCAAAGCACACAUUGUUGGUGAGGGAGAUAGAGAAUGUGAACAAGAUGAAGCUUACUCUAUGUGUUCUACACACCAUGAACCAUCAAAACUACGGGGAAAAGAGCACUCGAAGAUCGGAGCUUGUUUUUGAACUAAAGAAGAUUUUUGACAACCUUGGCAUUAAAUGCCACCUCCUUCCUCAACAAGUACAUCUUACGAAUGUAAACACGAUCAGCAAUGGGGGAUGCCAACACAAUCUUGAUACAAAUGCGUGUAUGAGGAGGGCAAAAAGGAGCAUUAUCACCACACCUGAAGGAUUGUUAAUUCGACACGACCAUACCGACCAUUCUCUUGCAUUUGUUUUCUUUUUCCUUCCAUGA